UUGAGUUCUUUCAAAUGGAGUUGGCUACAAUACCCAUUUUUUGCAGCACUUAUGAUAAUGGAUCUUGUCUUUAUCGAAUUUCCACCUCUAUGGGCACGCAUUAUCAUUGCUGUCUUACUCGCUUCAUCACCUUGGAUACCCUAUAUUAGACGAUUCACAGUGCCUGCCAUGGUUGUCUUUACUUGGCUUAUCACCUUUUAUGCUGUACAAUUUAUUCCCAACGAUAAAAAACCUCAACACAUCUUUGUCAACAUUUUACCUACUCUUGAGCGUAUCAUUUAUGGCGCUAAUCUCUCAGAGAUCAUCUCGCAACACACACAUCCUGUUUUAGAUAUCAUUGCUUGGAUCCCUUAUGGUGUGAUUCAUUUUGCUUUUCCGUUUGCUUUUUCAUUGGCCCUUUUUAUUUUUGGGCCACCUGGUACCUUGGCCGUAUUCGGUCAAGCUUUUGGUUAUAUGAAUUUAGCAGGUGUUUUAACGCAAUUGAUCUUCCCAACCUCUCCACCAUGGUACGAACUCACUUAUGGUUCCGCUCCUGCUGACUACUCUAUUCAUGGACAACCAGGCGGCUUGGCCCGUAUUGAUGAUAUUUUAGGCUUAAAUCUUUACGGCUCCACUUUUGGCAACUCUCCUUUGGUUUUUGGUGCCUUCCCUUCCCUGCAUUCGGGUUGUGCUACCAUUGAAAUGCUUUUCUUGGCAUGGUUAUGCCCCAAAGCCCGUUUUUACUGCGCUUUUCAUGUGAUGUGGAUGUGGUUUGCCACUAUGUACUUGACUCACCAUUAUUUAAUUGAUCUUGUCGGUGGAUCUAUUUAUGCCACGUUGGCCUUUUUCGCUUUCCGUCACCAAUUGCCUACUAUUCGUAAGGGAUGCACCACCCGUCUGGAUUAU